AUGCAUUAUAGUAAUAAUCAAGAAAAAGUUAAAUGUCGAAUCAUUUCAUCUUGGACAUUGAUCAUCAUUGGCAUUGGAUUAUUAACGUUGGCAAUGAUUUUUGUUCAAGGCCAGUGGCUAACAACAUUAACAACAUUUAAGAAUUAUAUUUCAAUAAGUUCUGGAAGUGAUUCUCAAACGCUUUGUUCAGGAAAUUCGAAAAACUCCGAUGAAAUUUGUCAAUGGUACUUUUUAAAUUAUACACCAAGUUCAUGGGAAAAAUUUUGGUUUACGAAUAUUGAAGAGUUUCAAAAUAAUGUGUGUGAAAGAAUAGCAGAUGAGAAAAAUCUAAAUAAAGCAAUAUUAACCGUUGAACGAUUGAUGGAAUUACAAAAACUUGGAAGAAAUUGUACCGGAAGUGAUAAACAACAAGCUGAUGAGCUUCUAUCGAAAAUGUUUUAUCGACAAGAAUGUGUCAACCCACUAACAAACGUAUCAUUUCAAGAAGCAGAAGUGUCACAAGUAAUUGAACCACUCAUUGGUUUGCUACGAGAUCCAUUAACGAUAUGUAAUCGCAUUAAUUCAUUACCUGCCUCUGCUUAUAAAGAAGCAGGAGUUCAAUCAAAACGAUUUUUCUUAUUAUCAGUGUCAGCUCCAUUUUAUAUUCAUCCAUUAUCACAAAAUCAUAAAGAUACUUUACAAAUCAAUAUUCAGUCAAAUAAACGCAACAUGAAUUUACCUCCUUGGAUGUAUCAAAGAUCAAAAUUGAAUUUGCUAGACAUGGAAUUUGAUCUAGAUACGAGAAACGGACAGAAUAUUUUGAUUGAUUUGGGAAGUUCUUAUUUCGGAAGUUGGGGCGGUGAUACUAGUGCCGCUGCUGGACGCUGGUUCUAUGAAUAUUACAAGCGUUUUGGUGUUAAAUUCGAUCGUAUUAUUGCUUAUGAGCAUUUCCCAUUAAAUUCCAAAACAGUUUGGAAUCAACUGCCUGACGAUGUUUUCUCAGUUUAUACUCUGAUUAAUGUUGGUUGUGCAGCAAGUGGCAAAUUCAAUCCGUGGAUAAUGCUGAAAGCAAUGGCUAAACCACAUGAUCAUGUUGUUAUAAAACUAGAUAUCGAUACUCCGGCAAUUGAGAUUCCUCUCAUCAAUCAACUGUUAAAUGAUUCAACCAUUAAUUCUUUAGUAGACGAACUAUUUUUUGAACAUCAUAUUACUGUGAGAGAAAUGCGACCAUAUUGGGGAAGUCCACCGGGAACAUUAAGAGACUCUUAUGUUUUGUUUACAAAACUGCGACAACUUGGAAUACGUAUGCACUCAUGGCCAUGA